UUCAACAGCCCCUGGUCCAAGACCUUAGAAGGUCUGCGUAAAACGGCUCAAGGCGUCCCCGGGCAACACAAAUCCGAGUUCGACAAGCUUUCUACCAAAACACUAGAAGUGAUUAACAACACCAACUAUCUCCACGUCUGGGAGACCGAUUCCGACGCCGACAAUCUGCUCCAACUAGCUACCGUCAUCGUCAAAAUCCGCUCCAUUACGACAUACGUCCCCCACAAGACUGGCCCCGCCAACUAUGUUCCCGCUGGUAUGGUCGUCCUUACAGAGGAGAGCACAGGAGACCGUGACAACUUCAUCCGUGUGUGUGAUAUGGUCAAGCAUAUCAUGCGCGAUCCAGGCCAAGAGCGUUUAAAUGGGAAAGUGAAAGUCUUCUCCAACAUCGCUGUCGUCCGAGGUGUCAACAACGCGAAGACACCUGACAAUGAUGGCAAGUACGACGACAAAGCUACCGCGAAAGUAGCGCAGGAAGCUGUAAACCGAAUUAACGUCGUCAUUGACCGAAUCCUUAAAUUAGGGGUUUAUGAAGGGCAUCGCAAGAAGAUUGUCUGGCACAACGGGCCAGUUCUUCACUUCCUGCUGUACUUCAUUAACUUCACAACCGCGGAGUUGAGGAAUGCACUUGCCGGUAUCACUGUUCACUCGGUCUUCACUUUCUUCAAGCUCAAGCAAGACCCUAGUGUUGCUGCAACCGGAGCGCUGCAAACAACUGCUCUUGGCCGCAAAAACAGUCUCCAAGUCUUGUCACGCUUCACCACAUACCUAACUAAGCUAAAGAUCACCGCGACCUUCACCGACACAGAGUCGCAGCUCCUAAACUACAAUCUCAACACCUAUGUCUCGUACUGGGGAUACAACGGCAUCCUUUUCGCACCCAGUCGUGUCUGGACUCCGCAUCUGCACGCCACCAUGGACGCCCUCGUCACAUUCUGUUUCCGACUCCGAGGCGCCUGCGACAAGAAGUCUGGUCAGGAAGUCGUAGAAAUGGUCUACGCACAUUUGACGCCCAAGCACGCGAAACCAUACGCCAAAACCUGCAUCAACGCGUCUAGCUACACCACCCAACUAUGUCGCUCAGCCGGCGCAGACAUGUCGAUCCAUGACGCUGUGAGUCAGGCCGACGCCCCCAUCCAACCACUAUCCAACCGUAUUCCAGCCCUCUCACGUCUAGCUAUUGGCCCUGCGUCAAAUAGCUGUGGAUCUCACCUUGCCGCACCUAUCGAAUUCGAAUUCAACCGCAUGGAGAUGCGGAUCUCGUCGUCCUCCCCGUUUCGCUUCCUCCUGCCACUGGCCUCUGACGACGUAGAGAAAGCUAGGGCCAGGACGGUUGCCUCUCUUAAUGUAGUGACAAACUGCAUUAGCGACGGACAUGGGACAUUGAAACAGGUCAAGGUAGAGAAGGAAGUGAAAGAGGCCUGGGUGGAGAUGAAGACGGCCUGUCUCUGGGCCCUGGACGGCUGCAAGGGCAGGCUGCCCAAGGGUAUGGAGGAGAAGGUCAGAUAUGUGGGGGAGAAGCUGAGGGGGGGUCAAUGG